AUGGAGCCAUAUUCGCCACGACCCGACAUGUUCGAACACCCUGAAGUCGUCAUGGCAAUACCCAGCACACCCNCCAACUUCUCAAAAGAUCGCAAGCGCCGUCCAAGCACUGGUUUCAGAAGAAAGCGCCGCUCUAGACAUCUGAAAGACGUCGUGUUUUGGGAACUUACGGACCGUGUCCACUACCCUCGUUCCCCUGGUACCGGUCACACAAUCAUCGAGCCAGUGCCUUUCCCUUACGUGCCCCCGACCAAACAACCAGGCAAUGAAGACGAUCAGACUGGAGCCAUGAAUCUGGACGGCACACACGACCCUGAGGACUCUUCAGACGAAGACAACGACGAAGAUGCCAGAGAACGCCGCAAUCAAAACGGCUAUCCCGUCACCUCGUCACCAACCUUUAAANAGAAUGCCCGCACCUUCGAAGAUCAAGCAAAUGAUACAGAACUUGCCCAUCACCUCGAUGCCCUCGAUCUCGACGCCGACACACGCGAGCCAUAUCAUCUGAGCGCCAAACACCUCGACAGAAAAGAGAGAAUCAGGAAUUCCAGAACGGUCCGCGGCUUCAAGUUUCCUCAGCCUCGUUAUGACCGCAUACAGAAGGGCAAGGAUCUGAACAUGUAUCAACUAUCGAAGUGGGUUGGUCAGAAUGCAGAGAGGAAGAAAGUGGCUACCAAGCUCUUGCACGACAGAUGUGAAGAAAGGACUGAAGGACUACAUGACCCAUUCGCAAGCUCCUAA